AUGACGGAAUUGACCCCGGUGGCGCCGUUCCCCGUCGACAUCGAGCUGGAGCCGAAACAGGCGGCCCAGCACAACACCAAGGAUAAGCUCCGCAAGGUGCUCACGCCACUCGCAGCGGUGCAGAAGUACCUGGCGUACACGUUUGGCGUGUUCCUCGGCAUCCACGCGUGUCUGGUGAUCGUGGUGCCUAGUCUACCCGAAUUCGUGGCCCUGCCUCAGGCCAAGCAAGAAGUGUUUGAGAUGGCCCGGGCCGUGUACCACCACAUCCCCGGCUACGAGGCCAUCGGCGUGGUGGGAGCCGCGUUAGUCCACGUUAUCCUGGGGGUGGCCAUCAGAAUCAUCCGCCAGCAGUUUAAACGGAAAAAGGCCCAUCCUCAGCCGCGACACCCGUCACCUGAUGUGGUUAAAGAUGAGACCAGCGGCGACAUUGGUCUUGGCGGCCUCACAGCGCUUUUAGGCAUGGGCUACCGCCGCUCAAUUAUUUCCCGCUACGUCCCCGGACUUUCACCGCUUGCGUUUCUGGGGUACGUGCUCUUGCCGCUAGCGCUCUACCACGUGGCGAAGUUCCGCUUGCUUCCAGCGCUGGUCGACGGCGACCUGGCGCUCGUGUCGCUCGACUACAUCAGCUACUACCUCAACGUGUCGCGGUGGGGCAAGUGGGGCAACACGAUCAACACGUGGCUUCUCCUAGCGCUUGUGUGGACGAUGGCAUACCACCUGGUGAGCGGGUGGUUGCGGUUUAACCACAAGUACAGUUUGCUGUGGAAGAAAGCUGGGUACGCCGUCAUCGGUACCGUCACCACCCUCGCCGCCGUCGCCGUUAUGGGCUUCAAAGACCGGUUCCACUUGUUAGAUAAGGCCGGGUUUAUGGCGAGAUCAUUCACUAAGUACGCCAAAGCCGCAUUGUGGUGA